GUCCGAGACGACUGCAGUCUUUCAUUAACAGCCUGCAGUCUUCUGCUCUGGAGAGUUUAGCUUUGUUUUUAGUUUAUUGAGAAAUCUGAGUCUCAUUUUCAGCACCAUGGAAGAAAGUGAUUAUUAACUGGACCUACAAAGUCGUCUGUUUAACUGGAAAGAAACCUGAAAUUAGAGUUUUGUUACUUUUACCAAACUGAAAGUGAAACUCUGAGCAUUCGGACUGGAGAGAACAACAACUGCAGUAAAAUAAAAUGGCUUCUAAGUUCUCAGAGGAGGAUUUCUCCUGUCCUGUGUGCUGUGACAUCUUCACAGAUCCUGUUGUUCUGCACUGCAGUCACAGUGUGUGUAAAGUGUGUUUGCAGAAGUUCUGGGAGACCAAAGGAUCCAGAGAAUGUCCUCUUUGUAGGAGGAAGUCAUCUAUGAGUGAUCCUCCCAUAAAUCUAGCCUUAAAGAACCUGUGUGAGACUUUCUUACAGGAGAGAAGUCAGAGAUCUUCAUCAGGGUCUGAAACAGUCUGCAGUCUGCACAGUGAGAAACUCAAACUCUUCUGUCUGGAUGAUCAACAGCCGGUGUGUUUGGUGUGUCGGGAUUCAAGAAAACACACCAACCACAAAUUCUGCCCCAUUGAUGAGGCUGUAACAGACUGUAAGGAGGAGCUCAAAACUGCACUGAAGCCCCUACAGCGGAAACUGAAGAUCUUUACAGACUGUAAACUGAACUGGAGUCAGACUGCAGAACAUAUAAAGAUUCAGGCCCAACACACAGAGCAUCAGAUUAAGGAACAGUUUGAGAAACUUCACCAGUUUCUACGAGAUGAAGAGGCAGUCAGGAUCGCUGCACUGAGAGAGGAAGAGGAGCAGAAGAGUCAGAUGAUGAAGGAGAAGAUUGAGAAGUUGAGCAGAGACAUAUCAUCUCUUUCAGACACAAUCAGAGCCAUAGAAAAGGGGAUGAGAGCUGAAGACGUCCUGUUGUUACAAAACUACAAGGCCACAGUGAAAAGAGCCCAGUGCACACUGCAGCAUCCAGAGGAGCUUUCAGGAGCACUGAUCCAUGUGGCAGAACAUCUGGCCAACCUGAAGUUCAGUGUCUGGGAGAAGAUGCAGGACAUUGUCCAGUACACACCUGUAACUCUGGACCCCAACACUGUUCAUCCUAAACUCAUUGUAUCUGAUGAUCUGACCAGUGUGAGAUUCAGUGAUGAGAGACAGAAACUUCCUGAUAAUCCAGAGAGAUUUGAUAAAUAUUACUGUAUCCUGGGCUCUGAGGGCUUUAACUCAGGGACACACUGCUGGGAUGUUGAUGUUGGAGACUGUACAUGGUGGCAUGUGGGUGUGAUGACAGAAUCUGCUCAGAGGAAGGGGGGAAUAUUCACCAGAAGUGGAAUCUGGUUUGUGCGGUAUUAUAAAGGUAAAUAUAAAGCACGUUCUACACCACAGACAUCCACUCCCCUCUCAGUAGAACAGAAACUCCAGAGGAUCAGAGUGAAACUGGACUGGGACAGAGGAAAGCUGUCAUUCUCCGACCCUCUCACUAACACACACAUACACACUUUCACACACACAUUUACUGAUACAUUACUGCCAUAUCUACGUGUUUUUGCUAAUGAAUCUCCUCUAAAGAUCCUCCCACUUCAGUGCUCUGUAAGAGUGAAUCAGAUCAGUUAGAGCUCAUAUUGUUUUAUUUCAGUUUAUUAAUGAAAUAUUGCAGAUUAAAAUUCAGAUUCUUUGUGAAA